UUGCGGAUCGGGAGCCCCGCGAAGAGAAGCGAAGCGAAGCGCGCCGCCGGGGAAGUUUGGCCGCUGCGCCGCCCCGUCCGUCGCCACGGCAACCGGCGUGCCCGUCAUGGCGGCGCCCAGCGUGUUCCUGCUGGCCGUGAGCGGCGAGAUCGAGAGCGGAGAGUUCCCGGGAUUCGAUGACCUCUACUGCAAGUUCUCCUUUGUCUACGGCCAGGACUGGGUCCCCACGGCGGGCUUGGAGGAGGGAAUCUCCCAGAUCACCUCCAAGAGCAGCGUCUCGCCCACCACGCUGGUCUGGAACUUCCCCAUCGACAUCACCUUCAAGAGCACCAACCCCUUCGGCUGGCCGCAGAUCGUGCUCAGUGUCUACGGGCCGGACUUCUUCGGCCACGACGUUGUCAGAGGUUACGGGGCUGUGCACGUGCCCUUCGUGCCCGGCAGGCACAAAAGAACCAUUGCCAUGUUCGUCCCAGAGUCCACCUCCAGGCUGCAGCAGCUCACAAGCUGGUUCACGGGGAGACGCCCGGAAUUCACCGACCCCAGGGUGGUGGCACAGGGAGAAGGGCGGGAAGUGACCAGGGUGCGCUCCCAGGGCUUCGUGACCCUCUCCUUCAACGUGAUGACCAAAGACCUGCACAAGCUGGGCUAUGACGUGGGCCAGGGGCCUGGGCCACAGGGGCUGCACGAGCCCUGAGCCCCCCUGAGCUCCCUGGGCCUUCUGAGGGACACUCCAACUCCAAACAACACCAGCCCUGGAGGAUUUGGAGUGUCCAACUCCAAACAACACCAGCCCUGGAGGAUUUGGAGUGUCCAACUCCAAACAACACCAGCCCUGGAGCAUUUGGAGUGUCCAACUCCAAACAACACCAGCCCUGGAGGAUUUGGAGUGUCCAACUCCAAACAACACCAGCCUGGGAGCAUUUGGAGUGUCCAACUCCAAACAACACCAGCCCUGGAGCAUUUGGAGUUUGGAGCAUUCAAACAACACCAGCCCAGGAGGAUUUGGGAUGAUGACCAAGCCCAAUCCUCUCAGUAAGGUUGAAGUAUUGUGGAAAUUGAUGUUAACAUUCAGUGUUUUAUGGAUAAUUAUUGUAUUUUAUUCAGUGUUUUUAGGGGUCAGACUGUCUCAGAGUAAGGCCUAUAACAAAAUAUUUUUAUAGCAGCCUUUUGUACACCUUUUUAUAGAAUUAAUGACACACAAAGUUUCAAGUUGUAUUCGUUUCCCUGCAGUUAAAACUUUGCAAACCCAGUUUCUUCUUAGUGGCUUUUUUUUUUUUUUUUUUUUUUUUUUUUUUUGUAUUGCACCUUCCAAAAAUGGUCCUGUGAAAUGCAUCCCCCUCUAAGCUCUUUUAGGCUGAAUAAACUCUGUUGUAUCAAUA